CGCUUUAGAAUUAUUUAUAUUUUCGCCAUUUUUAACUAAUCUAAAUAAAGAUGAAGAGGAAAUUUUGGUUUAUUGUAAUUUAUAAAUAUUUACUAAUAACUUAUGCAAACGGGGAAAUUGAAGGUCGAUCUCUAGAUGGACAUGAAGAAAGUUUGGAUUUUGGUAUUAAUAAUAUAAAUGAAAGAAGAGAAAUUCCUAUUCAAAAUUCAGUUCAGCAAAAUCCUAGGAGACAUUCAAAGUCUAAGAGGAGAAUGAAAAAACGCAGAUACAGAUGCUACUCUUGCGAAUACUCUGAUUGUUAUGAUACUGAAUUGCGCAAAACUCAUUUAUGUCAAAAUGCUUUACAGUGUUGGAAAUCUACCACGAGAGAGGUAAAUGGUAUUGUCCGUGUUUCUAGAGGAUGCACUACUCAUGACAAGAUACCAUUUUGCCUUAGUAAUACAAGCGCCCCCGGAAAGCCGGAAAAUGGUCGUUAUAGUAUUGAAUGCUGUACUGGAGAUUAUUGUAACGAUGGUGAUUUUCCCGAAAUACUAGACUUUCAUGAAGAUGAUGUAACUCGAGGGCAAAUUGGAAAUGACAAAAUUAAAUUAUCAAUGGCAAUAUUUGGACCAGUAGUUUUUAUUAGUUUACUUGCAAUUGUAGUAAUAUAUUUUAUGCGUAAAAAUCAUCAAAAAAGGCUUCUCGCUACCCGUAGUAAACAAGAUCCAGAAACAUAUUAUGCCAGUGACGAUUUAUUGAGGGCAACUAGCGCUGGAGAUAGUACACUUAGGGAAUAUUUACAACAUUCUGUAACCUCAGGCUCUGGAAGUGGACUUCCUCUCUUGGUUCAACGAACUUUGGCCAAACAAGUAACUUUAGUAGAUUGCAUUGGACGAGGAAGAUAUGGAGAAGUUUGGCGUGGUAUUUGGCAUGGCGAAAAUGUUGCUGUAAAAAUUUUUUUCAGCCGAGAUGAAGAAUCAUGGAAAAGGGAAACAGAAAUUUACAGUACGGCGCUUCUUAGACAUGAAAACAUUCUUGGCUAUAUUGGCUCAGACAUGACUUCCAGAAAUUCAUGUACUCAAUUAUGGCUUUUAACAAAUUAUUAUCCAUUUGGGUCUCUUUUUGACUAUUUAAACAGGAUGUCCUUAAAUCAUAACGAUAUGAUGCAAAUAUGUCUUUCUGUAGCGAACGGGCUUGUUCAUUUGCAUACAGAAAUAUUCGGCACUGAAGGUAAACCAGCGAUAGCUCAUAGAGAUCUCAAAUCUAAAAAUAUACUAGUCAAACCAAACGGUGUAUGUGCAAUAGCCGAUUUUGGUUUGGCAGUCACUCAUUCGCAAGUGACUGGAAAAUUAGACUUAGGAACUAAUCCAAAAGUUGGUACAAAACGUUAUAUGGCUCCAGAAGUAUUAGAUGAAACAAUAAAUAUGAAAUGUUUUGAAGCUUUAAGACGUGCUGAUAUAUAUGCGUUAGGGUUAAUAUUUUGGGAAGUUGGCCGUCGAACUCUUUCUGGUGGUAUAGCUGAAGAUUAUAAAGUUCCAUAUUAUGAUGUUGUGCCGAAUGAUCCAAGUUUUGAGGAUAUGAGGAAAGUAGUAUGUGGUGACAAUUAUAGACCUUGUAUACCAAAUAGAUGGAGUUCUGACAUGCUCCUAGCAACCUUGUCAAAAUUAAUGAGAGAAUGUUGGCACCAAAAUCCUAAUGUGCGAUUACCAGCCUUAAGGAUAAAGAAAACUCUUCUUAAAUUAGCUUCAACGGAUAGUAAAGUUCGAUUAGAUUAUGAAGAAGAAUGUGUCUGAUUAGUAAAUAGAAAACUUUAGUUUUAAUAAUUUUAGUAUUAAGAAAAUAUUUUUAGCAUGUACUUUUUUUUAAGUUGUAUUUUUUUAAGAUAAAAAAUUAUUUAAAAAAAAAAAAUUGCGCAGUGUAAAUAAGAUUUGAAAUAAUGAAUAAUUUUUAAAUUUUUUAUAAUGUUAACUAAAUAUGUGACGAAAUUUAUAAGAAAUUACUAGGAAUGAAAAUUCGAUUUGCAGAUAUUUUCUAGUUAAAUUAUUUUAUCUCAAAUUAGAUUGCUCAAUUUCAAUCGGAAAAUUAAUUUGUUUAGACUUUUAGUUUUGAAGAAGUAGAUAUUUUAUUAUUAAAUUUAAAUUUAAUUUUUUCAGUUUUAAAAAAUGAAUUUUAUUUUCCAAUAUGUAAAAAAUAAUUACCGUUCUUGUCCUCAUUAUAUGACCGUUUACUUUUUUUUUUCGAAUUAUUUUAAAAAAUAAUUUUUCUUAGAAAAUAUCAUUCCAAUGUUGUUUCAAAUUUAAAUAUUAAAGAAUGAAAUGUAAAUAUAAUUUCUUUGAAAUUUUCAUGUAUAUACAU